AUGCAAGACUCGACGCGCGUGGCGGUGCUCGUGCCGUUCCGCGACAACCACCCGGCGCAGCAGCGACGAGCGCAUCUGGACGAGUUCGUGCCGUACAUGACCGAGUUCCUGCAACGCCAUUGCGCGUCGAAGAGUGCCUCGUUCCACAUCUUCAUCCUGGAGCAGUCGAUGGAUGGACGCAAGUUUAAUCGAGGCAAGUUGCUGAAUGCAGGCUUCGACAUGGCGCGCAACGACUACGACGUCUUCAUCUUCCACGACGUGGACCUGCUGCCUGGGGAUGACUUGGCUGAGUUCUACACGACCGUGCCGCGUCUCGGCCCCAUGCACGUCGCGCGUGUGUGGGAUCGCUACAACGAGAGCUCGAACUACUUCGGAGGCAUCGUGGCGUUCACGCGCCAGCAGUUCAUCAAGGUCAACGGAUUUCCCAACAAUUUCUGGGGCUGGGGUGGAGAGGACAACGAGCUCUACAGUCGCGUGAUGCGCAAGAAACUCACCAUCGAAGCGCCUUCAAGUGGCACCAUUCGAGACCUCGAAGAACUGAAUCUGGAAGAGAAGCUGGUGCUGCUCCGCACAAACAAAUGGAAGUGCACUGUAAAACACGAGCUGCUGAAGGAGCACCACCGCACGUGGAAGAAGAACGGGCUCAAGAACCUGCGGUACGAGUACGUGGACGCUGAAGCGAUCAACGUGAACUGCACCAAGAUCACGGUCAAGCUAGGACCAAACGGCCACUGGUCGGAUUCCAGGUCAUCCUUGGAGCGGCCGACGACGCCCGAUCAAAUGCCAGCGUCGUACUUCGUCCUGACCGUCCCAGAGAGCUCAAGCGAGACGAAAGUGGACCCUCCCACAGCUUCAAACGGCGAUAACGAAGCUAAUACGGCGGCACAAGUCGCCACGAGUGGUGACUAA